AUGAGCUGGGCGUUCCUACGUGAUCUGCUGAGUGGAGUGAAUAAAUACUCAACAGGAAUUGGAAGGAUUUGGGUGGCUGUUGUGUUCAUGUUCCGCUUACUGGUUUAUGUUGCUGCCGCAGAAAACAUCUGGAAACAUGAACAUGAUGAAUUUCAGUGCAAUAUCAAGCAGCCUGGUUGUGAAAAUGUCUGCUUUGACCAUUUUUUCCCUGUCUCUCACAUCAGACUUUGGGCUUUGCAAUUAAUCAUGGUCUCCACCCCUUCACUCUUGGUUGUCUUUCAUGUUGCUUACAGAGAGAACAGAGAGAAACACCACAACCAGAAACUUUACAAAAAUCCAGGAAAGAUAGAUGGUGGGUUGCUGUGCACUUAUCUAAUCAGCCUCAUUUUAAAAACAGGACUUGAAAUAGUUUUUCUUGUUCUGUUUUAUAAAUUGUACAAUGGAUUCAAAAUACCACGUCUGGUGAAAUGUGACAUAAAACCAUGUCCCAAUACUGUAGACUGUUAUAUUUCCAAACCCACAGAGAAGAUGAUUUUCCUCUAUUUUCUGGUGGCAACUUCAUGCCUGUGCGUCGUAUUAAAUCUAGGUGAACUGAGUUAUCUGAUUUUCAAAUACUCCAUAAAAUAUUAUCUGAAGAGACACAUGAAGGAACAGCAAGGCUCAAAAAGCAAUUGCUGCAAAUCAGAACUCAUCAGCGAGAGGCAGAGGAGCGCAAAGGGAGCCUAUGCCACCAACAGAGCACGACCACCGAGUUUAUCUGUAAGAUCACCAUCUCACUUCCCUUUCAGAAAGUGCCUUGUUUAUUUAGGUUUUAAUGGUAUGGCAUAA